CUUCCUUGCAACAAUGUCAAAUAUUUAUGCUCUGGAACCGCACACAAAUGCCAAGGUCAUCCUUCAUACCACCGCAGGCGAUGUAGAGAUCGAGCUAUGGAGCAAAGAAACACCCAAAGCCGCGCGCAACUUUCUUCAACUCUGCAUGGAAGGCUACUAUGACAAUACCAUUUUCCACCGCAUCGUACCCAACUUCAUUAUUCAGGGUGGCGAUCCGUCCGGCACUGGUCAAGGUGGUGAAUCGAUUUAUGAAGACGACGAAUUCCCAAAUGAAUACCAUUCACGGUUACGGUUCAAUCGUCGUGGGCUUGUGGGCAUGGCGAAUGUGGGUGGAGCAGAGCAGGGCAGCCAAUUCUUUAUUACACUGGAUAUCACUGAGGAAUUGACGCGAACACAUACACUAUUUGGACGAAUUGCUGGCGAUACGAUUUAUAAUGUGCUCAAGAUGGGUGAAAUGGAAACGGACGCAAACGAACGGCCGUUGUAUCCACCCCGGAUCAAAACCACUGAGAUUGUGCUAAAUCCUUUUGAUGAUAUUGUGCCGAGAAUCACAAAACGUGAAAAGAAAAUGGCUCGAGCUCUUGAGAAGCAAAAGGCUGCAGAAUUGGAGGCAAAGAAGAAGAAGAAAAAGGAAAAAAAGCAAUUGAACCUUUUGUCCUUUGGAGAGGAGGCCGAGGAAAUGACGCCAACCGAGGAAAAAAAGGCGAAAAAGAGUAGUUAUGAUUUUCUACCCGAAGACAAAAAAGUGCCUGCAGCAGAGAUGCCACCACCACCACCAUUCGCCGAAAAGAAACCUAAAAGCAGCGAAAAGCAAUCCUCCAAGUCUGAAGAUACGCCGCCGCCCAAGGAAGAAGUUGUACCAAUCAAGGAAGAAAAACGGGUCAAAGAAAAACGUAGCCGUGAAAGUGAAAGCAAAGAAGAAAAGAGCUCGUCUCUAAGCGAAAUAGACAAGCUCAAAAAUGAUAUCCGACAAAUGGAGUAUGAUCGCCGUGAAGAACGUGAGGGACGGACGGAUAGCAAGGAUAAGAAGAAAAAGAAAUUGUCGUUGAUAGAACAGCAACGACUAAAGUAUGCCCGACGAGGUGCUGCUGAUACGGGUGGUCUUAAAGAACGGAAGCGACGAGGUGAAGGGGACCAAGAUACUUUGUCUAAAUUGAUGGCCUUUCAAAGCAAACUUUCCUCGGCUGAACCAGGGAGUGCAGCUGGCGAAAAGAAGAGUAAAGAAGAGAAGCCGCCAUGCAAGUUGCAUCUUAUCCCUGGCUGCGAGUCAUGCUAUGACACGAGCAAAGAGGAUGCAGAGCAAGAAACAGACGAGGGGUGGAUGACGCAUAAACUUGUUUUUGAAAAGGACAAAAAGGGAAAAGAUUUGAUGCAACGGACAGAAUCGGUGGAUGACUAUCUGGUAAUUGAUCCGCGCGCACGCAAGGCCGAAGCUGAACAGCAAGAGCGAGACAAACGAAAAGGAAAGCAAAGUCAUGUGGGUCAAGCAUUUCGAAAGAGACAGCGGGAACACAGAGAUGAUGGCGAAGAUGAUCAUGACGAUAGAAGAAGAAGAAGAAGCGGCGCUGGAGGUCAUAGCAGCAGCAGCAGCAGUAGUAGAAGAGAUGAUGAAAAGAGACGUCGUGAUUAUCGAUAAACGAACGUAUGUAUAUUUGUGUUUUUUGACCAGUAUGUGAUUUUAUUUGUUUGUUUGUGCUUGUCGUGUGUGUGUGUGUGUUGUGUAGAUAAUGUGUGUUCUGUGUCUGUGUGCGGGUGAGUGUGUGUGUGUGUGCGUGUGUGUGUGAGUGAAAUUAUGUGUGUGUGUGUAGUUUUGCUGCACUUUUGUUGUGUAAUCUUGGUUUUUCU